GUGUCAUUUAGAGUUGCGUUCCAUGAAUGAGAAGUUUGUGUAUGAAAUUUGGUUUAAAGUAUCAUUCUCUGCUUUCUUUGUAGAAAGUUACUCAAAACACUGAAUAUUUGUAUUUUUUUGUUUUCUAUCGCGAUGGGGAGAAAACGUAAAUCGGGUUCGCCGAAUAAAGCUCCUUGCUCGCCUAAACAGGGCAAAUUCGAGCUUGUGAUUAAAGAAGAGCCAGAGCUCAUUAUUGAUGACUAUAAUACCAUCGAAGGUGCCGCGAUAGUGCCGUCGGGCGCGAAUGAAUGCUCCGAUAAUAUUCCAACCACAGCUCAGAAAAAUGGUGACCUGUGGGUGGAUAAGUGUGAAAAAUGGAUUACCCAGCAGCAGGAGAUGAUAAAUUCGGAAACGCCACCUGAAUGUCCUGAAGCGGAAGAUGAUGAGCUGCUAAUGGACGAUCAGCAGCAUCUGAUGGAUGAACCUACCCAAUCGAACGUUGGGAUUGAGGUUCCUAUCCGCUGUCAACUGAAGAAUUUUAGCGAUAAGCAGAUUUACCAUUCGGUUAUGUACGAGUGUGAAUGGCUAAAAUGUGGCUUUGAAACCAUUGAGGAUAUUGUGUAUAUAAAACAUGUCGAGGAACAUGCUUAUCUUCUUGCGAAUACGAGUCGAGACGACGAAGAAUUCAUUUGUCGUUGGGACUUGUGCCAUUUCAGGACGAAUAAUGCAGAAGAAUUUGUAGGCCAUGUACAUUUUCAUGCUUACCACGGCCGUUUGAAAACUUAUGGCGCUAGUUUGAGCAGCAUAAUUACAAUACCUAAAUGCAAUAGUGACAGCAAACGGCGAAACUCCCUAAACAAUUUCAAAACCUCGUUUCGAUGCGAGUGGGACAACUGUAAUGAGAUGUACUACAAGGCUGAGCAAUUUUUCAUGCACGUAAACAUCCAUGUUCAAGAUCAGUUUCCAUUGUACAAAAAGUCCACGAAGGAAACGCUCGAAUGUAAAUGGCCUGAUUGCAAACAGACAUACAAGCGUCGUAGUAUUGCACUAGAACAUGUGAGAACACAUUCCACAGAACGAAGUAUAGGGUGCUACACUUGCGGGGCACUGUUCAGUUCCCGGUUGAAGUACGCCGAUCAUUGCCGAAGACAAGUGGAAUAUCACAAUCGUGAAUACUCUUGUCCGGAUUGUGAUAAACUCUUCGCUACAAAGCAGUUGAUGGCAGAUCAUCGACACAUUCACAACAAAAAAUUCGCCUGCGCUCUCUGUCCGAUGAUGUGGCCUUCGCCUAAAGCUUUGUCGUAUCAUAUACGCUACAGACACGUGGAGGAUAAACCCUUCCAAUGCCACCUCUGCAAGCAUCGAACAGUGACGAAGGCGGAUCUCAGCGAACAUGUGCUCACACAUGACGAACGGCGCAUGUUCCAGUGCGAAGAAUUUGGAUGUGACGCUGCUUACAAAUGUCAAAAGUCGUUGAAAAAGCACGUAGAUUCAGUACACUACGGUACCGGUCCAGGAACAUACGAAUGUCAUCAAUGUACAAACCUGUACAAAUCGAGCGCCGGGUUAACGAAACAUCUUGUCAGGUUUCAUCGAUACAAACGGCCGGUGGGCUACACCCGAUUUACAUAUCGUCCCGGUCAGGAUGGUAUCUUCCGAAUGGUGCCGUUUUGGGACGGAUACGACAUGCAGUACGAUCAUACGACACAACUCAAAACUGAAAAAAAACCACGGAAAAUAAAAAUCAAGACCAAUGUUGAGAAGGCAAAGGAGGCGAAGGAGACGAAGGAAUCGGGCACAUACACUAGUUUUACCAUAGAAGAAUUCAAGCCAGUGGCACAGAAUACAUUUUCGAUUGAGCUAAAGCCAGGCAAAGAGAUGCCAAAACCCUUGUUGGUCAAAAAAGUUGCGUCCAAACCGAAGGCAGAUCUAAAGAAGGAAAAUCAUGAUGAGCCAGUUGCAUCGUGCUCUACGGUUAAAAAUAUAGACGAUUUCACCGUUAUGAAACGCUAUAUAAAGGUGGAGAAACCGGUAGAAAUUUCGUUCGAGGAAACCGAUUCAACUGGAAGUGUGAUACGAAGCAAAACUGUACAAACCACCGAACUCACUGCGGAUAAUCUGUUGAAGACUGUUUUGAAGACAUGAUGUGUAAAUACCCUCGUUUAUGAUGAAAAUGAAACCUUUGUAUUUAUGUUGCAUGUUUUUUCGUUUGGUCGCUAUGCUUUAUCGGAUUUUCUUCUUCUGUAGGAGCAUUGAACCACUGCGACCAUUACCAUUUGAUUUAUUGUGGUGACGGAUUUUCUUAUAAUCCAUUUUUAAAUCUGGCUGAAACGACUGUCAUAUGUAAUCCUUUCCCACACAUGAGUAAUUUCUUUGGAAAUUCAAAUCGAUUGUCAACCACACGAAAUAUGAUAUAAUAAAUAAGUAUUGACUCUGGUUUAAUGCACUGCCACCGGUGGUGGAAAUUGAUUUA